AAUUUCGUUGAUAUUUUCAGAUUUAAAAAUGUGAACAGGCAUUCAGAUUCAGUCUGUUAAAUAGAGACUAGCAACCAUGGCGUCGAACAUGUCUGGGGCUGGGGAGAGUUCAACGAGCAGAAACUCCGGUAGAGAGCGGAGAAUGUCUUUCCUGCAAGAUGACCAGCCGGCGAAUGAGGUUCAAGACCCUCCAAUUAAUCAGGCUAUGUUGUAUAACCGAGGAGCAGGAGCAGCAAACCUGCAGCAUGAUAAGGCGAUAGAAAACCUUCAGUAUGAUCUCAGCCAGGAUGAAGAAGCAAACGAACCAAGCAAUUUCCAGGCUUGGUAUGUUCGAUCUGCGAAUAAUAGUCGGAAUCGGAACCGUGUUGAGUUAAGAGGAGAGCAGAGCGCGGAUAGUGAUGAACCGGAUCAGGAUAUGGAGGACAACAUCAACGAGGCUGCAGCAGCGGUUCUAGAGGCUGAGAUUGAAAACUCCUUUGAGAGGGAGGAGGUCGCUGAAAUGGACCGAACUGAAAGGAUGGAAAAGCUCUACCGCAGUUUGUCCCUUGAUCAUGAAGUUGCAGAGGAGCCUCCAGUUCUUCCUCCGCCAUUCCAUCCUCAACCUCAGAGCAUUAGUAAUGGAAAUCUGGCAGCAGGAGGAGCUAUUCCUAGAGGUGAGAGGGAGAGAAGGAACAUGGGCUACUUAAGGAACGUAAACCAGGGUCCUGGAACACUUUACAACUGGCAGGCCACCAAGACAACGGUUCAGGAACGGUUUGCGUUCAUGUUCAACAACGAGAUUCUGGCCGACGUUCAUUUUAAGGUUGGUCGAGGUGGGUCCGAGCAGCGCAUUCCUGCACACAAGUUUGUACUAUCCGUUGGUAGUGCUGUGUUUGAUGCCAUGUUUAACUCAACCCUGGCAACACAAGAAGACGAGAUAACUAUUCCAGAUGUAGAACCAGCAGCAUUUCUCUCACUUCUUAGAUUCCUUUAUAGUGACGAGGUUCAGAUUGGUCCUGAGACUGUAAUGACGACCUUGUAUACAGCUAAGAAGUACGCUGUACCUGCUCUGGAGAAGCACUGCGUGGAUUUUCUCAAACGAAAUCUUUCUCCUGACAAUGCGUUCAUGCUUCUCACUCAGGCCCGGUUGUUUGAUGAGCCCCAGCUUGCCGCUCUCUGCCUGGAGACUAUAGACAAGAACACUCCUGAAGCGCUGACCGCUGACGGGUUCACUGACAUAGAUGUGGAAACCUUGUCAGCGGUCCUAGACAGGGAUUCUCUGAGGAUCAAGGAAGCAAAAAUCUUUGCAGCAGUUCUAAGAUGGUCCGAGGCGGAAUGCCAGCGGCAAUCUCUUCCACUGACUAGCGAGUAUAAGCGAGGAGUGCUGGGUCGUGUUCUAGAUCAGAUUCGGUUUCCAUUGAUGACGGUCGAAGAGUUUGCGCAAGGACCGGCACAAUCUGGUAUUCUUACAGAUAGAGAGACGGUGUCCUUGUUUCUUCACUUCACCGUAAACCCUAAACCUCCUGUUGGGUUCUUGGAUGUUCCGCGCAGUUCUAUGAUGGGGAAGGAGCAGACAGUUUGCAGGUUUCAGCAGAUAGAGAGCAGGUGGGGGUACAGCGGAACCUCCGACAAGAUCAGGUUCAUCGUGGACCGGAGGAUCUUUGUGGUUGGGUUCGGACUCUACGGUUCUAUCCAUGGACCUAGUGAGUACGAUGUAACAAUUCAACUCCUGCAUACUGGAUCAGGACGACAGCUCGGUUCUAACGAAAUAUCCUUCUCCAGCGAUGGGACUAACUCUACUUUCAGAGCUAUGUUCAAGGAAACUGUAGAGAUACAGCCUAGCACCAACUAUACAGCUGUUGCAACCCUCAAGGGUCUUGACUCUCACUAUGGCACUAAGGGUCUUCGAAAGGUGACCCUAGAUUGUUACAACGGAGGGAAAGUAACGUUCCAGUUCAGCUAUGCAGCUGGGAACAAUAAUGGAACUAGUGUGGAGGACGGACAAAUACCAGAGAUUAUAUUCUAUACUUAGAUCCAUCUUUAAUCAGUCUUGAAAUUUUGAUCCUUCAGAUUGUUUACGUUAACAAUUUUCCAAUAGUUUUUUU